AUGGCCGAUUUUGCUGAUUCUCUUAUCAAGAAUCUUGGCCUGCACGCAGCCCCACGACUCUCGUCGCCUGUCAACUUAAGCGACAAGAUUGGACAACUUGGCGAGACCUUGCGCUAUGCUCGUACAUCCUUGUCGCUUGCGUCCUUAAGUCAAGCUUUGAUCGGUAGUCCUGCAAGUACCUGUGAAGAUACCGCAGCAGAAUCAUCUACCGCCACUGCUCCAGUAACACCACCUGCGCCUGAACACGCCAAGGGACGCUUGUCUAUCAACUUGACAGAGGCUCGCAAUCUUACCAUUGCUGAUCCCACUAAAGCAGACAUUUACUGUCUUGUCCAGUACGAUAAAAAUGUAUUUUCAACUAAUGACCAAGUAACUCACGACAAUGACGGCAACAAUAGCAGCAGCGACCAACAACAACAACGAACAGCACCUACAGCCAGUAUCCCUAUCCCUAACGCUUCACAACGACGUCAUGUCGAUGUGUUUCAAUUGGCAAUGGAAGUGAGCUGUCCUAAAUGGCGUUACAACGCAACCUUCGACGUGUGCAACGACAAUGACGAACUGAUUGUUCACAUUUAUGACCGUGGCGACCGUCUGCCGAAUGGUGACGAUCGUUUUUUGGGUAUGAUCUCCGUCAAACCUUCGUUAGUUCCCAAAAAGAUGUUUGAUCAGUGGCAUCGGCUUGUGCCACGCGCAGAUGAAGCUUCUCAAGCUUACGACGGCAAGGUCACUGGCGAAUUACGCUUACAAAUAGAAUAUACCACUGUGGGUCCUGCAAAACUGACACCAGAGGCCUUCCGCACUGUACGAAUGAUUGGCCACGGCUCGUUCGGCAAAGUAUACCAGGUCGUUAAACGCGACAGCAAGCGUACCUAUGCCAUGAAGGUGUUAUCAAAGAAGCUGCUGAUUGCCCAGAACGAAGUCACUCAUACCAUAGCUGAACGCAACGUGAUGAUCCGGACCAUAUCCAAUCCGUUUAUUGUUACGCUCAAAUUCAGUUUCCAGACCGCUGAUCACUUGUUCCUGGUCAUGGAUUAUGUGCCUGGUGGCGAAUUGUUCUCUUACCUGCAACGGGAGCACUACCUCAACGAAGAUCGUGCACGGUUCUACGUUGCUGAACUCGUAUGCGCGCUUGAACAUAUCCACAUGCACCAAGUCGUAUAUCGUGAUCUGAAACCCGAAAACAUCUUGCUGGAUGCACAGGGGCAUAUCGCCCUUGCGGAUUUCGGACUAUCCAAAGAACUUAAGCGAGCGAACGAGACGACUACUACAUUCUGUGGCACGUCAGAAUACCUUGCACCUGAGAUGGUGCGGCAAGAACCAUACACGCAGGCCGUUGACUGGUGGAGCUUAGGCAUAUUGCUCUAUGAACUGCUUGUAGGCGGCGCUCCUUUUCAUUCUGUGCAUUUGGACGUGCUUUAUCGCAAAAUUUGCAAAGCACCGCUCAAGUUUCCCGCACAACCUUCUGUAUCGCCGGAAGCCAAGGAUUUGAUUGCCCAGCUCCUUGAUAGAAACCCUGCCACACGCGUUGGUGCUGAGCAAGUCAAGGCACACCCAUUCUUCAGGAAUAUCCAAUGGGAUUUGAUCGCUCAAAAACAAGUCAGACCUCCUUUUAAACCUGUGCUAGCAAACCAACGACAGACAUCUUCUUCAUCAUCGCUCCAACCACCAUUCACCAUGAAGCAACCACCAUCAUUCCUUGCCGUACGAAAGAACGCCACAAGACCCUCAUCACCACUUAGCUCAUCCAACCAGUCCGCAUUCAGAGGGUUCAGCUAUGUUCGUGACGACACCGCAAGUAUUGCUAGCAGCCGACGUACAGUGGCUUCUUCUUUAUUCUCGGAUGAUGAAGAUGACGACGAUUUUUGGUCAUAA